GCUGGCCGAGGGGCCGCGGGCCCGCAGCCGGGAUGCCGGAAGGGCCAUCUGUGAGAAAGUUUCACCAUUUGGUCUCCACCUUUGUGGGGCAGCAGGUGGUCAAAACGGGGGGCAGCAGUAAGAAGCUCAGCCCUGCCGGCUUUCAGUCCCUGUGGCUCCAGGACACCCAGGUCCAUGGAAAGAAGUUAUUCCUUAGAUUUGAUCCAGAUGAAGAAAUUGGAUCCUCUGGCAACAACCCACUGCCAGAGUCUCUCCAGAAAGGAGAGAGGAAGGAAGAGGCCAGGGACCAACAGCAGGCCUUGGGGCCCAGCAGCCAGAUCUCCGACCAGCCCUCUCUGUCCCUGGAGCUUGUUGUCUCCAGUGGAGAAGAUGGUUUGGAGUGUCUGCGGGGAGACACCCCCACAGGAGGAGCUGAGAGGUGGCUGCAGGUCCACUUUGGAUUGUUUGGCAGCGUCUGGGUGAACGAGUUCUCCAGAGCGAAGAAAGCAAACAAGAGGGGUGACUGGAAGGACCCCGUUCCAAGGUUGGUCCUGCACUUUGGCAGUGGUGGCUUCCUGGCAUUUUAUAAUUGUCAGAUGUCUUGGAGCUCUUCCCCAGUGGUCAAACCCACCUCUGACAUCUUGUCUGAAAAGUUCCAUCGAGGACAAGCCCUGGAAGCGCUGGGCCAGGAGCGGCCUGUCUGCUAUACGCUGUUGGACCAAAGAUACUUCUCAGGCCUAGGGAACAUCAUUAAGAAUGAAGCCUUGUACAGAGCUGGGAUCCAUCCCCUUUCUCUCGGUUCACUCCUCAGUCCUCUGCGACUUGGGGUCCUCCUGGAUCACGUGGUGGAGUUCAGUGCAGACUGGCUUCAGGGCAAGUUCCAGGGCAAACAGCAGCACACGCAGAUCUACCAGAAAGAGCAGUGCCCUGCCGGGCACCAGGUCAUGAAGGAGGCCUUUGGGCCUCCAGGUGGCUUCCAGAGGCUCACCUGGUGGUGCCCACAGUGCCAGCCCAGAUUGCCACCCGAUGAGCCAGAGCAGGUCCAGCUCUCCUAAGGUGCUCGGGGGCCUUCUUCACAGAACCUUGCCCUUUGGGGACCGUGAUGUCUGAGUAUCCAGAAAGGGGUUGUGGGCAGGGAUUGGGACGGGGUACAGGAAUUAGAGGGUGGGUAGGUUAGGGUGAUGCCAGUACUG